AGAUAAGAGAAAUGUAAUAGAGCUGCUAUCGUAUGAACAUGCUGAAUAUAAGGAUUGUUUUUGUUUUCGUUCUUUCGUAUUUUGCAUAUUCAAAAGCCGCCUGUUCGAACGGAUGGAUCAACUUCCAAGAAAAGUGCUACUUCUUUGGUAAGACAAAAGAAACAUGGUAUGGUGCUUCGGCCUUAUGUCAAUCCUUUGGCAGCAAAUUGGCUGAGCCGACAACUCAGGAAGAAGUAACAUUCUUGGGCCGUGAAACUAUGCAAAUUGGAAAUAAUGGAGAUUACUACCUUGGGAUACAUGACAUUUUUGUGGAGGGGGAAUGGGUGUAUGCCUUCUCCAGGAAAAACGUGACCAUAACGAUUCCGUGGGCCCCGGGCGGACCUGAUAAUUACCACGAGGAGGACUGUGCUCUGAUAGGAUCCGCUCCCGUGUGGCACGGGCUGUGGGGAGAUGCCCCCUGCUCAAGUUUACAGUACUACAUCUGUGAAUACGAUUUAGACUUUGAUCCACCUAUGGUAAUAGGAUAGCAAGGAUGGAAAUGUAUCAUUGAACAAGGCUUGAAAUGCAAUAAAAUGUUUUAAAUAUGUUACCUGAA